GUCAUGAAAAUGAAAAUUUUUGCCCAAAAAUGAUUGGAUUUUCUGCAAAUACAAAUGUUAGAUUUAUUUAUGAUUUUUGUGAAGAUGAAGAAUUAAAAGCUACAUCAGAACAGAAAUUUAAUAAUACAAAAUUAUUUAGAUUAUUACCAAAAUCAAUUAAAAAAUAUACAAAAAUAUUUUGUGAUUUAAUAAUAAACACAUUAACAGUUAAUGAUAGCAGGCUAGGAGAAGAACGUAAAAUUGUAGAAAUAGAUUCUAAAUUUAAAAAAGAUGUUUCAUG